CAGGCAAGGCUAAAAACGCCGCUGGUGCCGCCGCUGGUCGGUGGACAACGCUGGCAAUUUCUUAUUGAUUGUAUUUUCACGCAUAAAUCAAGCGUUGUGAGUUUCAGCGCCAACGUUUGCAGGACUAGUUAGUUUGGGUGCUGCUGCCCUGCACAGCAGUGAGGCGCGCUCGUCGCAAAAGAAAAAAAAUAGCAAGAAACCAUGGCCUCCUUCCACCACGAGGGCAUGGAGCUCGACGCCCCCGCGGGCACGGCCGGCCGCCUGCCGCACGACAUCCAACAGGACGAGUCCGGCGCGCCCACGAAACUAGAUGAAUGGGACGACAACGUCCCGACGGCCGGUCCGAAGGGAGAAGAAAAUCCAAUGUUGGACGAGAGCGAGAUGGAACGAUUUGUGCGCGAAGGCAUGGAAGCUUGGGAUCUCUACGACAAGCGGUCAAAGGAAAAGAACAGCAUGUACGAGGAGGGCUUCCCGGUCCCCGACGAGCACCUGAACUGGAAGAUGCGGUUGCAGUACGGCGGUGCCACAGUAACACCGGAGCUCAUGGAAAAAGUCAGAGCUGUGGACUUCCUGAAGGACCCGCCGGAGGUCGACCUCCCCCCGAAGUCGGACAAAGGCCGGAAGGAGGCCGAGAAGAUCAUGCAGGAGGAGCACGAUAGGCGCUGGAAGAAAGUAGCCGAAGAUGUUGAUGAUUUACUAGAGUGUUUUCGAGGGUUUGAUCGAGCAAAGGAGAAGAUCCUGAAAAGGCGAGAAGGUAUAUUAACACCGUUCCCGGACGGCGGCGACUGGCAGUGGGAGUGCUACCGGACGAGGCAGGCGCACGAGCGGGAAGAACGGGAGCGCGAGAUCGCCGAGGCGGAGGCUGAGGGACGAGAACCGCCGCCCGAAAAGGUGCCGACGAUGCCUGAUUUAGCUAAAGCGGAGCAGGCCUUCAAGGAUCUGCAAGAACAGGGCGUGUUCACGCAGAAACAAGUUGAUGAGGAACUGGAGUUGUCGGAACGAAGGGCAUCGUGGGAUUGUGUGAGGGUCGCAUUGACGCUGGAAGAGGCGGCGAAAGCGGCAGAAAAAAGUGGGGACUACACGGGCGAGAAGCUCCCCAAGAAAUCCGACGAGUUGAAAGCCGCCGAGAAAGUACUCAAUGAGACCGACGACCCGCCCAAGCCGAGCUUCUACUACGGCGGCUUCGAGGAGAACGACUAUGGGGACGAGGACACCUGCGCGCGCAUCGCGGCCACCACGGCGGCGGCCGCGGCCGCGGCCGAGUCCGGCGCGCAGGGUUUAGAUUUGAUCAAGGAUUUGUUGGAGAAGCUCGACGCGAAGCCGGAGGAGGCGCCGCCGGCGCCGGCGCCCGCGAAAAAACCGUCGCGGAAGAAGCGUGGGUCGUAAUAAUAUCACUAAAUCUUAGGUCGUGUCCGCGAGGUAGUCCACGUCGUCCCGCGUCGCGGGCCGGUUCGCCCUUAAUGCAUUCUUCACGAGCGCGGACUCCUCGGCGGUGAGCGACUUCUUCCCCAGUAGGUCCGUCAGCUGCUCCGGCGAGAGAGCGGGCGGCGUCGGCGGCGGCGGCGACGUCGG